AGGACUCGCUUCUAGGCUCAGAGUAGAGAAGUUUCUGGUGAAGUGGUGACUCUUGUCUCUAGUGAAUUGGUUGUAACAUGUCAAUGGAGGUUCUAGUAGUUCAAUGUUUCUAUUUUACUUAUUUUUCUCAGGCGUUUUUCAUGAUAAUAGUACUCAAACAGAUAUUCAAAAAUGACAUUGCAGCUACUUUUGAUUUUGUGAAUACUCGAUGUGAAAGAAAAUGGUCGCUCCAGUACUAGUUGCAGGUGACUAUAUUCUCCUGCAGAAGGCAGAUGGAUCCCGAUUGACGGCUCCCCGAGGGAUCGGCGUUGAGUACCAGGAACACGCGCAAGCGGAAUUUGUUGCCCUGCUGGAAUUAGAGACCUCGUUGUCCACCUCUGCAAAUGCUGCAAAUGUAGACCGCUGUUGUGACAACAGACCACUAAAUGAACAGAACAUUAACGGAACUACAGAAGAUUGGACAGAAGUUGAAAAGGAUCGUGAACACGAUGUGGAACAAAAGAUGCGUACACGCGCCUCUACUUCCGGUCGGAAUUGUAAAGAGAUGCCACUUGAUGUUGACAUCGUGCCUUUGGAGAUGCCGCUGCAAUUAUCGGAAAAGAGCACAACAAAUUGUGAUAUUGACAAAAGAACUCCAGUUAAGAAAAGGAGCGCUCCUCGAGUUAGAGUUUGGAGAGUGCGCGGUUUAGAUGCAAAGACGGCAGAGCGCAUUGGUUCCCGCCUCGUUGCUAGUGAUUUGCUGCGUGUCUUGCCGUCGGACAUGGGAGAUGAAGUUACGGAGGAUGGCACCGAUAUGCAAGGAUCUACUAGGCAGGGACAAGAGCACCUCUUUCCUUCCGAGAAAGUGUUUUGCGCCGUUUAUGGUUUGAGAGAUCAACAAGGCGACAGAGGGCCUGGGGUGUUUGGUCGGGAUUAUAAGGAGGAAAUACGGUCAACGUGGUUAUCUUGGAAAAAGAAAAACCUUCCUACUGCAGUAGAAAUACGGAAACCUGUGGCCUUGCGGGACCACUUCUCAUCUCAGAUGAUCUCGCAGAACACGAGCAUGUCGCAGAACAUUCAAAACAACAAGCGUGACUUACGUUUUUUCGCUGUUCUCACAGUAGAACUCGGUACACACGCAGACGACGAAGCAGUGGGUAUAUGGAACAAGCAGAUGAAUGGUGCUACUGCUCCGAUGUCGACAGCAGCUGGAGCAGCGGAUGUCGAGAGAAGACAGCCCAGUAGGAACAGUAUCACCCUCACGGAAGCGGUUGGUUAUUCGACCUUUGUCCAGCGACUGACUCGUCUAGAGGAAAGGCGUACCAAAAGCCGGUGCGGCGUGCGUCCAGCUUUGGCUCUCUUAAUGGCGAACCUGGGCAAGGUGGAUUUAGACACGGACAUCGUACUCGAUCCCUUCUGUGGUGUCGGAAGCCUGCUGUCCCUCCCUCAUCCUUUUUUUGAAGACACGAAGAUAGGGGAUGACCAUAAAAACCAUAUGAACAACAUAAAUUGUGGGUAUCGCCAUGUUCGUUUUCCAUCGUGUCGCAUCGGCAGCGACGUGGACGGCGAAGGCUUCGCACCAGGAGCACUUGAGCGUGUUGUGGCGGACAUUAGGCGCUGUUGUUGGCGGCGCUGCGACGCGAUUCUGGCCGAUCCACCUUUUGGUCUCCGUGAAUUCCCCACGCGAAAUGAUCCUGUAAACAAUCAUAAAACCACUGGUGCGACAUCAACGACGUUGCUGGAGGAGCAAGGAGGUGUUAAUAGUUCCAAUAUGGACAAGAAGAAACCCAUUGUUCGCAGAAACAAUUGCUAUAUUGGGGAUAGAUCAUCAGAAGAACUCCUGAGGGACGCGAAAAAGUACGUUGGUGCGUUACUCGCUUGCGCCUUCAAAUGUUUAGCUCCAGGUCAACGGCUGGUGUAUCUGUUUCCCGUUUUUCCUUGCCAAGCUGCGCUUGGGCUGUGGGACAGAGACGGCGUUGUAUUGCGGUAUGAAAAACAGGGCUUUCACAGGCAGAGAAGAUACGAUCCCCAAGUGCUGCCUGCCCACAAAUUUCUGGCUCCUUCAAGCGUCUGUGCGAAUCAUGGUACUCGGCAAGAAGAGACUGAGGAGGAUAGCGACAAGAGGCUCCUGAAUUGGCGAUUACUGGAGAGACAUCGGGGUUUCGCCCUACUAAGUGCGACAGUGUCGCCGUGCCGUUCGGGACAGAUGGCCCGCCUCGUCGUGGUCAUGCAGCGCAUUCCUGUUCUUUCUACCUAAGUGCUCAGAACAGAUGUUGCCUGAAUAGACCCAAAACCCAUUCCUUUUCCACAACAGAGAGAACGAUCAUGUAGACAGGACUUUCAGCAUUGUCUCUCCAAUGAGAAAUUCCAUCCUUCUAUAUUCCUACGAAAGAAAGUUAACUGUCACACAACAGGGAUACGACUAAAAGUUUCUUGUUUCGUAGUGCAAGAAAAGAUCAUUGCACAAUAUG